UGUCUCUCGCGUGUCGACUCGCGCAUUCUCCACCAGCAGUCCGUCUCAGGUGAUGGCCAAGCUUGUGCUCAUCGGCAAUUUGGGUGGAGAUCCCGAAACGCGUUCAGACAAAAACGACACUCCCUACGUUACGUAUACAGUCGCGACCCAACAGUUCGUACCAGCUCCUGCAGACUCUGUCGACCGCCCUCCGCCGAAGACCACUUGGCACCGCGUUUUCUCCUUCAACGAAAAUACUAACAAGUACCUUUCAACUCUGAGGAAGGGAUCGAAGGUCUAUGUCGAAGCAGGCUUCGAAUUGCGCGAGACUCCCGUUGAGGGACAGAAUACACCACAGCGGUCGGUCUUCCUCAAACAUGAGAGCAUCAAGGUGGUUAGCCCGCCGAAACAACCGGCUCACGAGGAAUCACCCGAGUCUCAUGAGUGAAUUUCUGUUAGAAAUAUAUUUUCAUGAUCUAAAAUCUUAUGUAUCCUCCAUUUAUACAAUUUAUUUGGUCCUCAUUUCGAAGUGCCCAGCCCC